AUGAAGAAAACAUCAAGUUCUCCCAUAUUAACACAAGAUCAUGACUUCAUUUGUCCAAUUACACUGAAUGUUUGUCGAGAUCCUGUUUUUGCUUCAAAUAGUUAUGUUUACGAGCGAACUGCUAUUAUUCAAUGGAUUGAACAACAAGGAACUAGUGCUUUAACACGACAACCUCUGAAUGUCAAUGAUCUUCGUUCAGAAGAACAAAUUAAACAAUUACGUCAACCUUAUGAAACUAACUCUGUAAGAUAUUUAUGCAAAAAUAGUACAAUAUCAUUACCAUCUAUAUCAAUGGGUCAAUUAGAAAUACAUACUAACCAAUCAACAUCUCGCAAACAAUACUGUAAUGUCAAACGUAUAUUACUGACGACUAUGGCUACUAUUCUGAUUGCCAGUACUCUCAUAGCUGCAACAGUAGUCAUAUUCGUUAUUCUUCGAUCUAAUCCCAUCUCUGAAACUUCAUAG